AUGACUUCCGAGGCUCCUGAGUCCACCUCACCAAUCACUGUCACCGAGACCGAACACGCGGUCAGGACCUCGACAAGUAGUCCGAUAACAGCGGAUUGCACGGCCGAGUCCAUAGGAGAGCAAGCCAUCGUCGAAGAUCUGAUGGUGAAGCAGGCCUACAGGAUCGAAACAUCCUUCAUGGCCGCAAUGGACAGAUUCUCCUUGGAGCUACUGACAUUUUUUCAGGAGAGGAUGCCGGUGACAUCAUCCGCAACGCCUCCCAGAGCCAGACAGAGAGGUCAAGAGCGCGAGAGGUUCGAGCCCUACGGCGAGAGCAGCAGCCUCGGCGUCUCUGGCCGCGCCCAAGCUUUAAAUUACGGCCAGCAUUCACAGCCGCCGACAAAAAGCUGUGGGCAGUCCCAGUCAACAUGGGUAAAUCCCGAACCGACCUACCCGGAAGAGACGACGUACGGCCCACUCCAUGCUUUGGCCGUGUCACUAGGGCAAAGCAGCCCCGCACAAUCCGCGGUCCAACAACUCGGCCCAGUCCACACUGGCCGUCCAGACCCAUCCCGGCCCAAGCAACUCGACCGCUACUUCGUCACAGCAAUACGAUCAGAACAAUCUGGCCGUUUCACCAUUACAUACAUCGUUGUUGCCGUCAGGCUCCCAUCUUCAGUACGGUUCGACCAUUCUAACUACGAGUCAUACAAAUCCCGGUCAAACCUACGGCGCAUAUCUGGUACCACCCAGCUCGGUCGCAAUGGUCGAACCCCCCGUUCAAGUGGCCCAGCAGGUGAGGCCGCAGAACGAGGAGCAACAAGUCCCACGGCUAGUCGCAGCCCAGCAAGAGGCACCCCCUCAGGGGCUCCGAUUCGAAGACGUCCGGCAAAUGAUCGAGGACGGCCUGGCUCAGAGGCGCCCGGAAGCGCCAAGACCUCCUCCAUCGAACACAUAGGCCGCUUCACGUCCCAGUGCGGUGAGGCCGAUUCGGAUGCCCAGAAGCUCCGUUUAUUCGAUCACUCUCUGACCGGCGCGGCCUUCUCGUGGUUCAUAAACCUUCCGCCGAAUUCGGUGAGGGAUUGGUCUGACAUGGAAAGGAUAUUCCACGAACAUUUCUACCAGACCAAUCGGGAAAUAACGGUCCCUGAGCUGGCAAGGAUGAGCCAGGCAUCGGACGAAUCACCUCACGACUACCUGCAGCGGUUCAAAACGUGUAGGAAUUGGUGCCGCACAAACCUACCGGAGAGGGAAUUUGUCAAGAUGGCCGAAGAAGGGUUGGAAUUCGAAUACCGGAAGAAAUUCUAG